AUGAACGUUGUCUUGGUCGGAGCGGAGUGUGCACCCUGGUCCAAAACAGGCGGGUUGGGUGACGUGAUGGGGGCGCUCCCGAAGGCGCUGGCGCGGAGGGGCCACCGAACGAUGGCGGUGGUGCCGCGAUACAGCAACUAUGAGGAGGGGUGGGAGACUGGCGUGCGCGUGCGCAUGCGCGUCAUGGGCUCCGACACCGAGGUGGGGUAUUUCCACGGGUACAUUGAUGGGGUGGACUAUGUCUUUGUGGACCACGCCUGCUUCCAGGGGCGCCAGGGGGACAUCUACGGGGGGGACCGGCAGAGCAUCCUGUUCCGCUGCGCGCUGCUGUGCAAGGCCGCGCUAGAGGCUCCCUGGCACGUGCCCUGCGGUGGCGCCCCCUAUGGCGAUGAGAACCUGGUGUUCAUCGCCAAUGACUGGCACACCGCGCUGCUGCCCGUCUACCUGCAGGCACACUACCGGGACUACAACAAGAUGACGUUCGCGCGGAGCGUGUUGGUGAUACACAACAUGGCGCACCAGGGGCGGGGCCCUCUGGCGGAGGUGGCGGGGCUGGAGAUCCCGGAGCACUACACACACCUGUUCCAGCUGUACGACCCCAUCGGCGGCGAGCACAUGAAUAUCUUCAAGGCCGGCCUCAUCGCCGCACACCGCCUCGUAGCCGUCUCCCACGGGUACGCAUGGGAGUGCCAGACGGCGGAGGGCGGCUGGGGCCUGGAUGGCGUGCUGAGAGAGCACGCCUGGAAGCUGCGAGGCAUCGUCAACGGCAUGGACUACGCCGAGUGGAGCCCUCAGUCCGACCCGCACCUGCGCUCUGACGGCUACUCCAACUACGGCCCCGACGACAUCGCCGCGGGCAAAGCGCGCUGCAAGGCGGCUCUGCAACGGGAGCUGGGCCUGCCGGAGGACCCAAAUGUACCGCUGCUGGGGUUCAUAGGGCGGCUGGACUACCAGAAGGGGGUGGACCUCAUCCGCGACAACUUCGACUGGCUCAUGCACGAGGGCGCGCAGCUCGUCCUGCUCGGCUCCGGCCGGGACGACCUCGAAAAUUCCCUCAGGGAGAUGGAGGCGAGCCGGCACCAGCAGUGCCGCGGGUGGGUGGGGUUCAACGUUCGCCUGGCGCACCGCAUCACGGCCGGCUGUGACAUGCUGCUCAUGCCCUCGCGCUUCGAGCCCUGCGGCCUCAACCAGCUCUACGCCAUGGCCUACGGCACCGUGCCCAUCGUCCACGCCGUGGGCGGGCUACGGGACACGGUGCAUCCGUACAACCCGUACGAGAAUACGGGCACGGGGUGGACCUUUGACUGGGCGGACGCGGGCUCGUUCCGGGACGCGAUGGGCAACGCAAUUUACACAUACCGCGAGUUCCGGGACAGCUUCCGCGCCGUGCAGCUGCGCGGCAUGCGCCAGGACCUCUCCUGGGACCACGCUGCCGAGCUCUACGAGCAGGUGAGGCUUUAA